CGUCAACGGCCGUCGGGCGACGGCUGGCGUUCGGCGCUGGUAGCUGCUGCCGUGGGUCGUGGGAGCCCGCCCUUUCCUUUCAGCACAAAUGUCCGUUUGUAAAACAGCAGGGCUGGCGUCUGCAGGAUUUGCGGGCUUCAGUCCUGCAGGAAGUGCGGGAGGCUCAGAAUUUCCAACGUGUUCACCUUAGAGCCAGCCAGGGCAGCGCCAGCCCACCCAGUAACCUGAGUGCCCGCAGCGUCAGCAGCUACACCGAGGGGGAGGAAUACAAGUUUUUCAUCCAUAAUUCAGAAGCUAAGUAAAUAACAAAAUGAAGCCAGUAAAGCAUCUGUUGACCUCUAGUAGUAAAUUGGUAAACGUUCCAGAAUUAACAUUUAAAAAAGGACUAUUUAAUUCACCAUUGUCACCUAAACCAAAGGAAAAACAUAGUGCAAAAUUAGCACGUGAGAAACUUGAACCAAUGGUCUUAAGAUCUCCGCCAACAGGGGAAUCCAUUGUAAGGUAUGCUUUGCCCAUCCCAUCAAGUAAGACAAAGGAGUUAAUAGCAGAAGAUGAAUUGAUCAGGAAAAUUACGAAACAUCUGAAGAUGGUGGUUUCUAGUUUGGAAGAAGCCUAUGCAUAUGGCACUCAAAAUGGAGAAAAAGCAGUUGUGAAGCCUGAACUUGAAGGAUUAGCCUUUUCUGUUGGGGAUGAUCUGACUUCAUUCUUAAUAUGUUGUUCACAAUUUGCAACUCAGUUAGAAGAAGCAGCUAAGGAAGAACAUAAUAUUUUGGAAUCUCUGUUUAAGUGGUUUCAGCGACAGGUCAAUCAGAUGGAAGAGAUAAGCAAAGAUCAAACUUUUUCAGAAGCAGAAUUUCCAAGUCCUGAUAAAACAGUCAGUUUAAGCAUUGCACAAAUAGUAAAGCAGGUACACAAACUUGAAGAACUGAAAAAUCGCCUUAAAGAAGGGUCUAAAUACACCUUCAGAGAACGGUUGUCUAAACCCAAGGAUAGGGAAAUGCCACCAGAAGAUGUGCAAACUUAUGAAACUGUGAAGCAGAAAAUUGAAGAAUUCAUAAAAACAUACUCAACUGAAGAAAUUACAGAUGUUUCUGUGACUGAGCCACAAACUUCUCCUGUAACUAAUCAAUUGAAUACCAUGUUGAAAAUAUUUGAAAAUCAGGCAAAUAAAUUAGAAAGAGCUAUGAAUGAGCAACUGAUGUUAGAGGCUAAAUACACACAGAUUCAAAGUAAUCUCCAAGUAUUAUCAGAGGAGAAAUUAAUGCUGGAAAAUGAACUACAAAAGUUGAAAAGUACAGAGAAAACAAAGGCUACAAGUGAGCGAACAAAGAAAAUUAUGAAAACAGAGAAGAAAAAGGACAAAGGAAAAUCUGAAGAUUUAGAAGCGAAGAAGUCUGUAGGGAAAGAGCUUAAAGUAAAAGAAAAUGUGCCUCAAGUCCAGAAAGUAGCACAUGCUCUGGAAAUUGAGAACAAAGUUCUUCGGGAACAACUGAAACAAGCUUUACAGGAAGCUGAAAGAGCUAAGCAGCAACUUGCCUAUUUCCUAAAUCAAGAAAAGGAAUUACUUAAAAGUGAGGCAAAGACCAAGACAACCACAGAAAUGGGUACUGGUAAAUUAAAAGUUAAAGGUGAAGAUUCAAAAUAUAUACCAUUGGAAAAUGAAACAAGAAAAGCAGUAGUGGGAGAUCCAGGUGGACAAAAAACAAAUGAUAAAAUUACACAUCCACAGAUCCUCAAGUCUCAAGAUGGAUCACCUUUUUUAAAGACUCCAAGUGAAGGUUUAACUGAUGAAGAUCUGUCCCAUAUACUUUCAUCAAAGAACUAUGAUAAAACAUUCACAACAAUGUUAUGGCAUGAAGAAAUUAAAGAUGCACAGUCUGUUGAAAAAUUGCUUCAAGGGAAUGAAAUGUCUGCAGCAUCAUUUAUCUCACCCUCUGUUGUUAAAAGAAGGAUGCUGGGUACUGACAUCUCAAAGGUGGCUGAUAUUAUAGAAGAGAAUUUACAAACUAAGAUUGAAAAACAAACUUACCAAGAAGCAAGAGAAUUUCAAGCUUCUGGGAAAGAAUUAGAUGAAAAUCCUCUGUUUAAGAAUGAAACACCAUCAGAAACUAAAAAUCUGUUGUUGUAUCAGGGAACUACUAGAGCAAAUAGACGCAAUGCAUUUCUUAUAACUGAGCCAAAAGCUAUGAUUAUUGGUGAUCAAUUGCAUGAGGAUAUAGCUUCAAUUUUAAACAGGCAGUCUCAAAUUAGCCGUGAAGCUUCAGGAAGUGGCAGUUUUAACAGUUAUGAUAAAGCAUCGUAUGAAAAGGUUAUGCUUAACCAUCAGGAUUCUGUGUCAAAAACCGAAAUGCAAGUAAAGAAGCAAAGAACUCUCAAAAAGGAAAGACUCUCUACUCAUGAUAAAGUACGAGAUAAAAAGCGUAUGCAUGAGAAUCAAGAUUCAAAAAUCCAACAACAUGUAAAGAAAGGAAAAAGUCAGGGAAGGGAAGGACACACUACUCAUGAUGAUGUAUCAGAUGAAAGUCCCAUGUUUACGCAGCAAGACUUAAAGUUAGAAACAGAAAUUCAUGUAGAGAAACCAAAAUCUUCUGGAUCUGAAAGUGUCAUGACUCAUGAAAAAAUAUCAGAUACAAAUCUUAUGCAAGACCACCGAGAAUCAACGUCAAAAAGCCAAAUGAUGGUAAAGCAGCAAGAAGAGAAAAAACACACUCAAGAUGAAGUACCAGAUGGAAAUCAUAUGCUUGACCAUCAAGAGGCAAUGUCAGAAUCAGAGAUUCAAGUGAAGAAAGAAAGUUUUCACACCUGGGAAAGAUUUACUACUCAGGAUGAAGUACUAGAUGGAAAUCCUAUGUUUGAGCAUCAAGACUCCAGGUCAAAAUCAGAGAUUCAAGUGAAGAAACCAAGUUUUCACAAAGCGGAAACACUUACUGGAAGGAACUUAGGGAAUCUCUUUUGUGUGGCUUCUGAUAAUGAUGUGCCUGACCAUACUCCUGUGCUUCAACAUCAAGAUUCAGUGUCAAAACUCCCAGUGCAAGUACAGAAACAGAUAACUCCCAGAGGAGAAAAGCACAGUACUCAGGAUGAAGUACCAGAUAGAAACCGUAUUCUUGAUCAUGAAGACUCAGUGACAAAAUCAGAGAUUCAAGUGAGGAAACCAAGCUUACACAAAGGGGAAAGACUUACUGCUCCUGAUGAUGUGCCUGACAAUGCUCCUGUGCUUCAGCAUCAAGAUUCAGUGUCAAAACUCCCAGUGCAAUUACAGAAACAGAUAACUUCCAGAGGAGGAGGACAAAGUACUCCUGAUAAAGUGCCAAGUGGAAAUCUUGUACUUGAAUAUGAAGAUUCAGAGUUAAAGAAACAAGCACAAGUAAAGAAACAAAGAACUUCCAUAGGAGAAAGACUCAAGACUCAUAUUGGAGUACCAGAUAAAAAUCUUAUGGUUUUUGAUCAAUAUCCAGUGUCAAAACUCCAAACGCAAGUAGAGAACCAAAUAAAUUACAGAAGGGAAAGGAGUCAGAGUUUUUAUGGAGCGUCAGGUCAACAUCCUCUGCUUGUGGAUGAAGAUUUAGUUUCAAAACCCCAAAAGCAAGUGAAGAAACAUAUAGGUUCCCCAGAGGAAAGACGCUAUACAUAUCCUUUUCAAACCCAGAAAAACGAUAUGAUAACAGUUGAAAAUCUGCAUCCUGAGAAGAAGGAUUUGUUUUCAAUUAAGCAAUCCCAAACUCAGAAACCUAGAGCUAUCAAAAAGGAGAAUCUUGAUGCUCAGAAAGCAAGAGACGUAUCAUCUAAGGAUGAAGUUGGAUCAAAAAGCCAGUCUCAAACUGAGAAACUUAGAGCUGGCAGAAUGGAAACCCUGAAUAAUCAAGACGUGGAUGAACUCUCAGAUGAGAAAUUUUCACUUGAAGAUCUAGUAAGAACUAAAGAAUACAAGGAUAAAACUCAACUAAGUGGAAUUUACCAGCCUCAGAUAUUGAGAAUUAAAAGGGAAACAACCACAGAACAUCCAGAUAUAGCAAAGAAUCUUCCAGAAAUGAAUCCAUCAAUUGAUGACUUAAUAUUUCAAUUAGAUUUAAACAAAGUAAUAGAAAUUGAUCUAGAACACUUGAAAGAUACUGUUGGAAGACAUAUACAGAUAGUGGAAAAUAAGACCCUAACCAAGUUUCCCCCUGAGACUCAUACAGAGCGCUAUGCAGAAGCUACUGGAAGUAUUCUACAGGGCAAAAUCAAGACAAAAUCCAAGAGCCAUCUUGCGUCUGAUACAGAGCUAUUACCAGAUAUUAUUGGAAGACGUUUUUUGAAGAGUGAAUUCAAGACGCAACCCAAGAACUAUCUUGGGACUAAUAUACAAGGCUUGAGAAGUAAAACUGGAAGAGGUGUAAUAAAGGGACAAUUCAAGAUGCAAUCAAUGAAUCUCCCUGACACUGUUACAGAGCACUUCCCAGAUGCUGUUGGAAGAAGUAUACUAAAGAGUGAUAUCAAGACACAAUUCAAGAGUCAUCCUGCAACUGAUAAGGAAUAUAUGACAGAUACUGUUGAAAGUGAAAAAGAAAAUAGUAAAAUCAAGACAUAUCAUAAAAGUCACCCUGGAGUGAAUGUAUUUAAAAAUAAAGAUAUGUCCACACAACAUCAAGCAGAGUUUUUUACUGGGCACAUCGCAGGAAGUAAAUUCCCAAUGAACGUGAUCAAUUUUUCACAACUUGGCAAUCAAGAUUUACUUAAAGGCAGAAAUACAUUUUUACAGCAAGAAAAUGUCUAUGCCAGGCACAUUGCACCAAGUAAAUAUAAAACAAAAGUAAUUACUUUAUCACCCUUUGAUGAUGAAGAUGCAUCUUUUGAGGAAUUUUCAUCUUACAUGACUGAACUUCCAAAAGUACUUCAUGGGACAUCUAAGACUGGGCCAGGUGUUUAUAAAGCCGUCAAUUUUCCUUCACUGAAUAAAGAACAUUCAGGGCAUCAAAAAAAAUCAACCUUACAAAAAAAGAAAAUUGAACCUGAAGAGACUCUGCCCACUGUGGUUGCUACAACUAGAAAACCUAUCUAUAAAGGUAAAAGUAAUGUGCCAUAUACUACUGCCUGAAAAUCUCCACCCCACCCAUACUUUUGAAAAUAAAUUAACUCUGGGCAAAAUAAAUAAUGUGAGCAAACUCAUGGAGACAGCAAUGAAAUUGCAGGAGUGGAAGCCUUAUGAAAAUAACAUUGUCUUGAGUGAAUGGUGUUUAUUGAACAAUACUGAGAAAGACCCUGAAUUAACAGGGUAGGCCCAGAUCAUGGAGGACCUUGAUCGGCAGCAGUAGAACUGUACAACUUAUAUGGCAAGAAGAAAUCAUGAACUGAGCAUAGAAUAUCAAUCAAGAGAAGAUAAAUGGAGUAAUUCUUCACUAAUUACUGAUUAUUCUCUGAAACUGAGAAAGAUCCAAGAGGGAUAAACAAUUUUUUUCAUUUUAUUUGAAAUAAUAUACAAGAAUAUAGUGUGCAAAAUUUAGGGGCAACAUCAUGAAGAAGUGUAAUGAACUGAAAUCAAUUUUAUAGCUGUGAUUCCUAACCAGAAACACCACUUGAACUCUUCUUUACCAUCUGGAACACAUUUGAAACUCUUUGAGAUCAUAGCCACUGUUGCUGAUGUUAAGAAAGGAGCUGUUUGUCGAAAUUCUACCUUGCUUCAAUUCAUUCAUGUCCCUGUAAUGCCUUCUGGUGUGGUAUAAAAGCAAUUAAAUGAAAUCUUUCCUCCGAA